AUGUUAUAUGAACCUUGCCAAUUUGUAGUCAGCAAUGAAGUUCCUGAGCACCCAUGUGUGUCACCAUCUUCUAACUGCGUGUUUGAGAGGAGGCUUAUUGAAAAGUAUAUUGCGGAAAAUGGCACUGAUCCAAUAAGUGGUGAACAGCUUUCAGAAGAGCAGCUGAUUGAUAUAAAAGGUAAUUUACGACAUAUUAAAGUAACAUCAUUUCACGGAGGAAGAUUUUUCCACUUAUUUAGUUUCCACUUUCGUAACCUCAUUAUGUAAAACUGUUUGAUUCUUUGAGAAGUUUCAUUCAGCUGGGGUUUUACUAUGGUGUACUUUUUUCCACAAUGCUGUAAGAAUACUUGUGUUAUGAUUGUUUUGCUCAAAAGGUCUUAAAUUUUAAAUUUAAUAGUAUAUUGUAUUAUUUUAUCUCGUUUACCUUGUAAUUUUGUUUCAGUCAAUUCAUUGAUCAAACCUAGACCACCAUCAGCAACAAGUAUUCCUGCUAUUCUGAAAGCACUUCAGGAUGAAUGGGUAAGGAAGGAAGAAUUUCAGCAAAAUGCAUUAAACUUGAAUGCUCAGAGGUGGUAAUCACCUAUGUCUGGUGCACGCAUUAAGUGCAUCAUAAGUCAGAGGAUCUUUUCUUUAUCAAAUUCCCUAACAGAUACUGACAAUGGUAAAGAAAAUAAGUUUAACUGUAACAGACUGAAAAUCUUUUGGGUUCAUUAAUUCAUUCCUUAGUGAAUCUUUAGAUUAUCAUAAAGAGCUUGCAAUUAUUCCCUUUUACAGUAAAAGUUGUGUGUUCUGAAGAGUUAUUGUAUUGCUAUACACAUAGUCUUCUUGGUAAUAAGAAAUACUGAAAUGUAUAACUGCAUCCUAAAUACACUGUUUAAGUCAGUACUUGGUGAAACAAUACAAAAGAAAACAUCUUCAAAAUAAAAUUUACACCUCAAAUUCAUGUUCUCUUUUUUGUUUCUAGGAUGCCUGCAUGUUGCAGAGUUUUACAUUACGUCAGCAACUUCAGACUGCCCGACAAGGUAACUGUUACUUCAUACUUCUAUACUUUGAAACAAUGGAUGGUAAGUAUGGGAAAAAGGUGGCAUUUGUGAGUGGUCAGAUUAUUGUGGCCUGUCAUUUCUCAGAAUGAGCUUGGCAUGAAUUGCAGAUAACUGUUUUCAUUGACAUGAUUUUUUAAUGUUUGUUCCAGAGUUGUCUCAUGCUCUCUACCAGCAUGAUGCUGCUUGUCGUGUCAUUGCUCGAUUGACAAAGGAAGUCACUGCAGCUCGUGAAGGUAUUCCACUACUACAUCUUACAAUUAUUGAUUUGGAAAAAUUGUAAUGCAUUGUUACUUACUCUGCUCCUUUUGUCUCCAGCUUUGGCAACUCUCAAACCACAAGCUGGUAUGGCUGUGGCUGUUCCUUCAACUGUUCCAGUGCAGGUAUUGUAGAGAGCAAAUCCAGUCAGAGAAUUUUCAAUAACUUUUUUUCUGUGGAAAAACAAGCAAGCAUGUGUCUAUUUAGAACUUUAACUAAACUGGUAACACAUAUUUUGCCUUUUGUUUCAGAUGGAGGAAGCUAUGGAUGUAUCGGCUCAGGUAAGUCAAACUCAAACUCUCAAGAUAUGUGUGCAUGAAAUCUCUUUUCAUUUUUAAGAUUUUAAACUCUUAACCCUCUGACUCCCAAUAUCUGAUUGUUAAUCCUACCCUCUAGCAGCCACACAUUUCCCUGUAAACUGAUUGCAAGAACCAUUUAUUAGCUAAGACUAGAAUUUUUCUCUUCAGCCUGGUGAAGAAGAAGGAAUGACAGAAGAAGUCCUGCAGAAAGUAAGUUAUUGUAAAUGUUUUACAAUUGGGCCUGGAUAAUAUUUUUCAAGCUUAAUGACAUGAAAGAUUGAGAAACUGGGUGGGUAAUUUGUUAAUGUGCCAAAAGCAGCAAAAAAUGAUCUAUUUUAACUUGUGUUGGUUAGUUAUGCAUUUUGAUUAUGUGUUAUAGUAAUCUUAAGCUUUUCGAUAGACAGAUAAGGCCUCGAAAGUAUUAAAUUUUGUGUUAUUGUUCUCAUUUUAGUUGCAAGACAAAGCCACUCUCCUCACAGCUGAGCGUAAGAAGGUAUGAGCUUUGUGGCUGUUCUGACAAUCACAUAGUUACUAAACUCUAGAGACAAAGGUUGGGAUACAAGGAGUCAAGGAAUGGUAUAGUAUGACUAUGUAGCCAAGAAGAUUGUACAGAUUGAAUGACAAAGUUGAAAUCCAUUACCAUCUACCUAUCAGUAGAAAUCACCUUCCUAAGAAAACGCUGUCAUGAAAUGCUUCUCUAGCAAAUUUUGUGUGGUGACUAUCAGUGAUAUGUAGACAAGUGCUGUCAACUACUUUGGUGAAGUGGUUAUCUCAUUUUGUGUUCUCCGUUAUCCUAUUCAGAGAGGCAAGAAGGUUCCAGAGGACUUGAGUACAACAGAUGAGAUACAAUCUUACAAACCAAUCUCCUCACAUGCAGUAAGUUGGCAUUCAAAUUGACACCUUUUUUAUAGAAUAAAAGAGUGAGAAAAUAGAAAGAUAAUGUACUUAAACCAAAGUACUUAAAGCAUACUUAACAAUUUGAGUAUUUCAAACUAUUUUCUUGAAGCCAAAACCUAUUAGUAAUUACAUCAGCCAAUCAGGACAAAGAAGAACAAUGAUAAAUGAUGCAGAAAGCCCAGAAAUCAAAGCUGUUUCUUGAAACUUGUUUCAAAUAUGGAGAAAAUUCAGAACUGGUUUUUAAACUGGCAUCCAUUGAGAAGCUUGUAACAGUUUUUUAGACCAAGCAAUGAUAAGGCUACUUAAAAUUUUCUUCCCCCCACAAACACAAUAAAAAACAUACUUUGGUUUCAUAUGGUGUAAUCCAAGUUAUCAUGUAAGGCUGUGAGACAGCCCAUUGACUCUGCCCAAAGCCUUCUACUCAUAUAAGUUACUGGAAAAUAUGUGCAGUAGGUGAUAUAUUAUUUUUAACAUUAUGGCUUCAAUACAUAUUUUAGGGCUUACACAGUGCAAGCAAUCCUGGAAUCUUAGCUUUGGAUUUAUUUGCUGCAGAUACAUCCAGAGUCAUUACAGGUCUGUAUUGAAUUUUUCAAUGAAACUUGAAUGUUGGUUUAGAGAAGUUUGUGUUGGAUUGAUUUGUUUUCCCCCAGUUGGGGAUUGCUUUUCUUCUAAUCAUCAGGUAUUGUCACAAUAUGUUGAUAAUGUAAGGGGAAGUUUUAUAUUAAUCAUAUCUGGAUGGAAAGGGUAAUGAAAGUGAAGAUUUCAGGUAUUAAAUAACAGAAACAGCUGUUGACAAGUGUGUCACUAUUUUCUCUUUCAUCAGGUGGCCUGGACAAAAAUGCAGUGGUGUUCUAUCGUGACUCAGAACAGGUACAAUUUGAAUCUGUUUAGGUAUAACCUUGACAUAAACAUUAAAUACAACCCUCUACAAAACAUCCUUAACUCAAUUUUUCAUCAAUGCAACUGUAAUUUCCAACAAUGAUGCAACCAAAUGGGUAAGACUCCCACCAACCUGACAACAACAAUCAUAACCUUUUCAAUUACCAUCUUGUCUUUAGGUCAUUGCAACUCUCAAAGGCCACACAAAGAAGGUUACAAAUGUUGUGUAUCAUCCACACGAGGUGAGAUGGGUGUUUGCCAGUCAAUUCCAUGCAGAGUGAUGAAUCUCUAUCCAUAAAGAAUCUGAUAUUUUUGGUUAUUUCAUGCUCUAUGUGACUUUGAAAAUGAUGUCAAUAUUUGUUUCAGGAUCUUGGUUUCACUGGAUCAGCAGAUACGACCAUCAGGGUGUGGUCCAUUCCACAGGCUUCAUGCUUACACACUGUUAAGGUACUGAUGUCAUAAAUAGGCUCUUUUAUGAUUGAAAGUUUUUCUUCUCAAAAAAAAACUGAUUUGUUCAACUGCAUGAGCUAAUAGUAGUUGUGCUGAUAAUAUUCUUGAAAUUUUCCCUAUCAUGUUUUUUUAAAAGUAACCCUAGGCUAGUGAAAGGAUCCUGUCCACUGUAAACGUCAAACUUAACUGUCAUUUAAUGAUAACCAGUCUCAUAAAACCACUUGGUAAAUCUAGAAUGCUCAUCACUUUGUUUGCCUUUUGGAGUGAAGAAUUCCAUCCUGGACACUUAGUAUUCUGGUUUUUUUUUUUUCAGGCACAUGAUCAAGCUGUUACUGGGCUUAGUCUCCAUGCAACAGGUACCUUUCAUUUGUUACUUGGCCAUAAAAUCUGUUGAUUAUGUUAGACUUGGUAUACAUACUAGAUUUGUUAGUACUGAGUAUUUUUCAAUUGAGUGUUUAAAACCAAAACCAAAGUAAAUCAAUCAGAAGAAAGGAAACUACCUCUAAGAGCCAAUGAGAUUUCAAAUUAACCCUUUAACUCCCAAGAUCUCAUUAGUAAUCCUCCUUACUGUCUGCCAUACAGUUCUUGUUAUGUCAGUUUGGAGAAUUUGGUAUUGGAUCAACUUACAAUCCCCUAAUUGAUAUUUUUCUUUGUUCUCAUCACUUUUCUGCUUCAUAUCGUAUUGGUAUUGUAAGGAGAAAUUCAGUCUUGGUCACUCAUGGGAGUUAAAGGGUUAAAAAAAAAAAACGAACAGCCUGAAGUGCAAGGAAAAAUGUGGGCAACUAAGGCUUGAUUGGUUUUAGUUUUACAUCUGAUUGGUUGAGAAAGUGAUGCUAGUUUUCUGGGCUAAUCACAGAGCAAAGUAGAGCAAAACUAAAACAAUUCCAAAUUACUUUUGACAUUCAAUUGAAAAUUGCUCUAUUGAGUAAAUAAACCUUUUCAGGCCUGAUUUGUUUCUUCAUCGUGACUCAAAAUAAUAAGAGUAUAUUUUCUUGACAAUUGUAAUCACUUAAAGUACACAUGGUUUAUUCAAAUUACUCAAACACUAUCACCAAUGUGCCUUAUUUUUUUUCUUUAGGUGACUACCUCCUUAGCUGCUCAACAGAUCAGUAUUGGGCUUUCUCUGAUCUUAGAACUGGCCAUGUCCUCACCAGGUGUUUAUCAGAUCCUAACAUCAAUCAAGGUAAUUACAAGAUUUUUAAUUGUGUUUGAUUCUCUUUGCUUUGGUUUUUUUUUUUUUUUCAUACCUCUAGUAAUACCACAAGUGACUUCCCAUAAACCUUCCCUAGGAGUUAUUAACAUGUUGUUUUUCUACUAACCUCAGGAUUGACAUGUGCUCAGUUUCAUCCUGACGGUCUUAUUUUUGGUACUGGAACCACUGACAGGUUUGUUGAUUAAUGUCUCAUUUCUUCUUACAUUAUGAACGCGUCAGGAGGAUAAGUAAAAUAUUAAGGGGGAAAUGUAAAGCAGAAUGUAUGGUCAUGUAUGUAUGGUGCGAGGGAAAAGUGAUCAUGACAACUUUCUUUUAUUAUUUGUAAAACAGUAAAGCCAAACUUCUGGUCAGUGUUGUUGUCACAAUAUUUACUGACUUUUUGUUCUCUUUUGCUAACAGUGUGAUAAAGAUCUGGGAUCUCAAGGAAGGUGCUAAUGUGGCUAAAUUUCCAGGACAUUCCGGACCAAUUACUGAUAUUUCCUUCUCUGAAAAUGGGUAGAUAUUCAAAAUUUCGCUUUGAUUGUUCGUCUUUAGUUUUGUCUUCAGUUUGCUUUUUGUGCUUUUUUUUGGUUGUUUUAACAGCUGUCUGUUAUAUUGCAGUUACUACCUAGCUACAUCUGCGGACGACUCAGUUGUAAAACUGUGGGAUUUGCGCAAACUGAAAAACUUCAAAACCAUAACGCUUGAAGAUAGAUUUGAGGUAUAAAUAGAGUAAACACAGCUAAGCCACAUUUUAUUUCUCACAAGGGGCAAAAAAAUUGGACCAUCCUGGUCGUAACAGAACACGGAAAAGAUAAUUUAUGAGAACAGAUUAAACUAGUUCUGGACACUCUGGUCCUGUACUAUGAAAAGGGCAGUCCGUUUUCACUUUUUCGUGUAAAAUACUCAAGAGGUGUGUUGGGGUUUUGAGUGCCUGGCGAUAUUGUUGAUGAAGGAAUUGAUAACGCGUGGAAGGGUAUAACUCACUGGACCUUAGCCACAAGCAAGAAUCAGCUCUUUCAGGCGAAUGAAGAGCGCCGGGACUGAGGCCGUUCUGCGGAAAAAAAUUAUGAUCGGUUCUUCGGGAAACCUGGGGUGAGAUUUUUUGCGAUCUCCCGCGAGACAAUCCAACUUGUGUGAGACAGCUAAGAGUGAUAAAACUAAGUAUUUAUUAAAUUUCUGCGAAAUGGGUUGGUUUUUUUUACAAAACUUUAGCAAACAGGCUGGACCUUGAUGUUUCGGCUAAUGGAUGAUACAGAAUUUGUUUAAUGGAUCUGAUACCUUAUCCCGCCCGUUUUUUUGAAUCCUUGAAGUGAUGCCUGUGUCUUUAUUUUACAGGUUAAAACACUCAGUUUUGAUCAGAGUGGUACAUAUUUAGCCGUGGGUGGUUCCGAAGUUCAGUAAGUCGGAUAUGUUUAUUACAAAAAUACAAAACCUGCUGUGUGUCCAUUCAGUAAAAAGAUAACAGAUUACAUCAAGAUGUGGUGAGAACACGAGGCGCAGCCGAUUGUGUCUCUGAUGUUCCUCCCACAUUUUGACGUCAUCGUGACGUAUUACUGCACAAACCCAUUGCAGAUCGCAAUCUAUUUGUUUUAUAUGAUAAAGAAACGAAUUAAAGAUCAAAAGAUCACAAGUGAGAACAAUUAAAAAAUCACAAGGGAGAACAAUUAAAAUUCGCAUAUAAUUCAGCUAAUUUUUUAAAAUAGUGUUUGUUGAUGCUAUUUAUGUACACUUCAGAUAUUAGGAAUGAAUGUUAGUUUUGUCUUGCUUUGCUCAAGUAAUUUAAACUGACUGUAAUUCAUCUCAUGUCAUCUUGUGCUUGUCACUUCAACCAAGACAUUCGAUUGUCUCAAGACUGGCGACAAGCAUUCAAUUUUGUUUUUUAAUUUCAUUUUUUGUAUUUUUUUUUUUUUUAGGAUCUACCUCGUCAAACAAUGGGAGAUGAUAAAGUCAUUUGCAGGUAUAUUUUCCGUGUGUCUUCCUUUCAUUCAAUGUAAAAGAAUAGGUAAAACGGAAACAAAAAAAAACCUGUUAUUGAAGGUUCUAACAUAACCUUUCAAUCAAAUUGUGGCUCAGUACAUUACCCAUUCUAUCCAAUCUGGGUAAGAAUAAAGGGGGUAAGUUUCCAAAUAAACUGAAGUGCUGCGUCGGCGGGGCUAUAACACGAUAAUUUGGUUUUUAAAACAACUAAAUCGAUGAUGUAUUUUGGCCUUCGUAUAGAGUUUCUAAUACUGACUUUUCGAGCGUUAGUCCUUUCCCAUUCGCUCCGACAGUUCGUGUAAACGGCUUUUAGCGGGGAAGAACGCGUGUGAUUUAGUAGCAGCUGAUUUUAGUUUUGCAUUUGAUUGGUUGAUAGGGUGGCAUGAGUUUUCAUGACCAAUCACAGAGCUAAUGAGCCAUUGGCCCUUUGUGAUAUUUUCUCAUGUUCUGAGUAGAACUACCGGCCGUUGUGAUGGCUUUGCUUCUGCUUUUCAGAAGCUAAUCGAAAAGCAUUCUACGAACUCCUUCUAUAUCUGAGGUGAUCGCAUUAUUUUAUUUUUUCUUCUUUUACAGAACACUCUGAUGUGACGACAGGAGUGAAAUUUGGCAAACACGCCUCAUUCGUUGCGUCUGUUGGUCUUGAUCGUCAUCUCAAGUUCUACUCGCGAUAGAGCAAGAAAUGGGGCUAAUUUAGUCCCACGUUUACUAACAAUUAACUGUACUAUUUUACUUAUAUUUCUUGUACGUCAAGAUGGUCACGCUACCAUUCUCUUUCUUAUUUCACGCCUCAUUUUUUGUGUUCAUUUCUCUCAGUUAUUUAUAGAUCUCUCUCGUUUUCGGGAAUCUGAAGAGAAUCUGAAAAUAACCAGAACAUUAAGGUUACAUGCGAGUUGCUUGAAACUUGAGAGAUCCUACUUAAAUAAGGACGAAGAUGACUAAGAACGUGCUGAUACAAAUGAAAGUGGAAGUUCUGCUCGUGCUUUUUAAAAACUUUGUGUAUUUGAAAUCUUGACUUGGCUCAGAAAGGCCCCCGGGAUGCUUUCUGUCCUCUCAUCUGCUAUUGUGAUUACUUUGCUGUUUGUCUUACACUAUCGAAGUGCACUCUAAUGCCAGAAGAGGGAGCCAGUUUCAUUGACUCGUCCUCUUCUUUCAUAUGUAAAAGGAGAGAUUGCAAGAGACUGCGUUAGCCAUAUUUUAGGAGAAAGGGAAGCGUUAGACAUAUUUGUAGUACAGUAAACACCCACAAACAAGAACCUAGUGGAUUAGGAAGCUGCAUUUUCUAAUUUAGCAUUUAAUGUCCUGAAAUGUGAGAACCCAUUUCGCUUGAAAAAAAGAAACAGGUUCUUAUAUGGAAGAAGUAAUUUAAUUUUAAUAUCCUAUAAGUCUGCCUGCUCAAAAGAGCUGCC